AUGAAGCUGGGUUAUCUUGCACUACUUCCUGCGCUUGUAGGCACGGCAUGUGCCUAUCUAGCGACAACAACUCGCUACUAUGACGGACAGGAGGGCGCUUGUGGCUGUGGCACAAGCUCCGGCCUAGAUUCCUGGCAGCUCGGCAUUAGCAGCGGCGUAUACACCGCCGCAGGAUCCCAAGCCUUCUUCGACACAGCCGGUGCUACCUGGUGCGGUGCCGGGUGCGGAAAAUGUUAUAACCUCACCUCUACAGGCAACCCACCUUGCAACGGUUGUGGCGCCGGUGGAGCUGCUGGCAAGAGCAUCAUCGUCAUGGUCACCAACCUCUGCCCAUACAACGGUAACCAGCAAUGGUGUCCAGAAGUGGGUAGCACCAACCAGUACGGAUAUAGCUAUCACUUCGAUAUCAUGGCACAGAGUGAGAUAUUUGGCGACAAUGUUGUUGUCAACUUUGAACCUGUUGCAUGCCCCGGACAAGCGACUUCGGAUUGGGAAACGUGUGUGUGCCAUGGACAGACCGCCACGGACGUCACGCCCGCGGGGUUGACGAACGGAGGCGGUUCUGGCAGUUCAUCUGCAACUUCUUCCACGUACACAUCCACAACUUCCUUGCCGUCAACAUCGACCUCGACUUCUGCUGGUGCGACGCAGACGGUGUACGGACAAUGCGGCGGAAGUGGUUGGACUGGCGCGACGACUUGUGCGGCGGGUUCCACCUGUCACCAAGCGAAUCAGUGGUACUCGCAAUGCCUUCCUUGA